GAACCGCCGCCGGGUGCAGUACGCCGACCAACUCCACUCAGCUCUCUGGUCUUCAAGCGCUGGACACACACGCACGCCGCCGAGCUCCUCCUGCCGGUGCCAGACAAAAAUCCAUAUCGCGUUAUCGUUGCCGAGAUCUGACCGAUCCAAGUUGUAUUGUGUAGGACAUCUUUGUUCCUCGGAGACUCCGUAAAUCAGACUCGAACAGAUCUGCCUCCUACCCCGUCUUCUCCCAUCCGACCCUUCUUCCUUGGCCGCCAUGGACGAUUUGCCGCACUGCACCUGCGAGAAGACCCAGUGCCUCCAGCGCUACUGCCAUUGCUUCGAGGCCUCGGUGUUCUGCGACGAGGGGUGCUCCUGCCAGGGUUGCCGCAACACAGAGGACAACUCCGAUGAGGUGGAUGAGCGCGCAGAGUGCAUCAUGAAGAAGAAACCCGACGCCUUCAAGCCCAAGAUCAUCGCCGGCGAUGGGCCUGGGCUGCAACAGCAGCAGCAGCAAGCAGCAGGGGUGCACGUCAAGGGAUGCAACUGCCGCAAUUCUGAAUGCAAGAAGCUCUACUGCGAGUGCUUCAAGCACGGCGUCGGGUGCAGCGACAAGUGCCAGUGCACAGGGUGCGGCAACACCUUCGGAGUGAAAGGCGCGGCUCAACAAGCACAUAGUGACAGUCCUGAAGGAACAUCUGGCGGCUCCGGUGAAACACUUGCCCGUUCGAAUGGAUCGUCCGCAAUCAUCAACGACUACAUGGCUUCUCAGUUGACAGAAAUAAGAAUCAUGGAUGAUAUCCACAUCCCCGGCAAAUUGAGUCACAUGGAUGUUGAUCUUGGUCCACCAACUCAAGACCUGGGUGACGGCGGCCUCGAGGACAUCAUCUUCUAUUCAUACUUUCAGCAGAUUAUUGAUCCCCAAGCACAUCAGGGGUUGGCGCAGCAGGCUGAUGCAUCGCUGAGCAAUGACACAAACUCCCUACUAGAGCAGGGCCCUUCAAAAACUGACACUUGUGAUCUUCUCCACCAUGGUAGCCAGAUCAACAAACUCGGUGGAAUUUGAUCUUGAUGAAGCUGAUGAUCAACUUAAAACCAUACUCCACUUGAGUAUUGUGAUGCUGAUACAUACAUCUCGCCUAGUUUGAGAUUUGCUCAGUGUAGUUUAUUAUCUUCCAAAUAGCCGCAAAUAAUUUCCCUGAGAAUUUUAUGAAUCCGUAAUUAGUACAUAUAUGGUUAUU